AUGCCAUAUGAUGAAAUGUGGAGAAUCUAUUCAGAGGCAAAAAAGACACUUCUACUUUAUCUGCAAGAAAAAUGCGAGAAAGAAGUCGCUUCCAUAGCUCAUAUAUCUUUGUUCGACUCACAAUAUCGUGCAAAUGAAAUGAAG